AUGCCUCGCGAACCAGGCCGACCUUAUCGUGAAGAAGACCCCUCAGAUGGCCCCUCGGCCCACAAGGGCCACCAUGGUCAUGGCGAUCUGGAAGAGGCCGCCUUCGACCUCUUCCGCCGUAUUCUCUUUCCUGAAUCACACGAACACCAUCCUGGAGAGCACCACACGGAGGAUCUUGCUGAGCUAUUGAGGCUUCUGGACAGUAUCGGCCACUCGAGGGAGUUUGAAGAGGUCUUAAAAGAGGUUGAAUUUUACCAUCCUGGAAUCAUAGAGCACUUGAAACAUGAUGAUGGUGGUCAUGAGUACGUCCAAGGGCUUUAUCGUCGCCACACUGAGGAGUCCUUCGACCCCAGCGAGUGGGAACUAGAUCACGGUGUGGGGGGUGAAGCAGCAACCCAUUGGUGGGAUGGGGGCAAUGACAAUACACACAGCCAUGAGGGUGACAGACCAGAAUACCACUCUUGGGACCACAGGGCAGAGGAUCAUUACUGGUGGCAUGAGAAGGAGGGCCACCCUUGGGAGGACCAUGAUCAACACUGGUCACAUUCGAGAGAGGACCAUCAUUGGUUGCCUAGUGCGGAAGACCAUCCCUGGGACCAAGCGCACGAUCAACGCUACGGUGAGUUUUGCAUCCUGUCGUGA